AUGGGGAAGAGGGGUGUCGAGGCUGUGGAUUGGUACCUGGAGCAUUGGAAUCAUCACGCACUGGGCGAUGAUGAUCAGCUUCAUAGGGAUACCAUCGCCGGUGCCCUGAAAGCCAUCUUUGCUUGGGAAAUCAACCCGGGCCUGGGCACGGGCACGAAAUAUUACAAGCAUGUUGCGGAGGAUCUUCCUGCACAACUUGGGCGCGCAGGACACAUCAGAGGGAACGAUAUACAUAUAGAGUGCAGCCUCUCUUUUCUCCACGCCACCCACGACGGUCGAACUUCGCAAACCCCCAAUGGACAACAACAGUUCUGGAGUGACCUCCAUAGUGCCUGGGAUCUCGCUACCCCCGAGGCCUGUGAUGGCGGUCUUAAGACUAGCCUGCUCAAUUUCCAACGCGCGCCAAAGGAGGUGGUGGCGAUUUGUCCGAAUAAACGACAACAGGAUGAAAUGAAAACGGAUCUUCGUCAUCUGCUAGACUGGAAAACCUAUCUCACCCAUGGAGUCGACUAUCCUUUGGACCUCUAUAGUGGAAGUCUGAGCAGCGUUCUCUUUCAAGAGAUGGCGCGCACUAGCAAGGCCGGCAAGGCCAAACUUCGUGAAUAUUCCACUUCUAGCGGUGAAAAAAGGGCCGCUUCGAAUUGGGCUGGUGUGACGGAAUUGGCGGUUCAAUCUGCGCAUUUGACCUUCAGCAAUGCGCCGAGUGUGAUGUUUUUUGGUCUCAUCAUGUAUCUCGAGUCCCUUGGCUUUAUUUUCGAUUUCGUCAAGGGUACUAUGCAAGUGCCAGAGUCGAAUGGUUGGGAAGAGGGCUGCACAGUGAUGUGA